GAAAGAAGGGACAAGAGCGUGCGGGCAGGCAGGGGGCGAAAACAUUUUUCAAAAUGGCCAACUUUUGCCGAGCCGUGGUCGAAACGCGAGUACUUGUCGCGCGUAUUGUUGCGUAAAGUGGUGCGAUUUUGCUCGGAAAAACGGCUCCGGACCUUGGCCAGCGUGCCGCGAAUCGAGAGGACCGUCGGAACGGCCGAUGCCGGUGUUUGUGGCCGCGUAGCGAGCGCCGGAAGUGUGUCGCCGUAAAAUCAGCGUUUUUUUUUUUCUUGGUUCGUUCGUUCCCGUUCCUUCUGUGUGUGCAUCGAGCGAGAGGGGUUCCUUCGCCGUGCGUGCCUGUGUGUGUCCGCGUUUGUGUGCCUGUGCGUGUGCGGUUUUUCGGUGAAGAGGGAAAAAGAAAAAGUGGCCAAAAGUCGCGCAGAUCAAAGGAAGCGAAAAAUAUAAGUGAAAAAAUAAAGAAUCAAAAAAAGCCAUUUGUGAUGGAAAUAAUGUUACCAACAAAGUGAAAUGUUAUUUGGGGAAUCGUCAAAAAGGUUGUCCGGAUUGUUCCACGGAGGACGCAAACCACCGCAACGCCACCCUCUCUCCCCAUGAAUGGAUUACUGGCAGCAGAAGUUGGAGGAGGCGUAGCGACAACACCGACCGUGCAGACCGGAAGAUUACUUAAAGUGCACAAAACUCAACCCCGAAACCAGCUGUGCUGUCCAACAAUUACACACUUACAGAAGAAAUUGUGUGGCAUCGUCAAAACAACAGUAUAAUUAGAGAAAACAAAAUAGCAGAGUGCUGUCAAAAGUUCGGCAAAUAAUUACAAAUUACAGAGUGUUUGGGUGAAAAGGUGAGAUCAUAUCGCGUCAACCCUGUAUUGGUGAGAGGUCCUGAUUCGCCACAAAGGAAGCGAAAAGAAGAAAAAGCACGAGCAAAAUUAGUUACCUUUGUGCAGAAGAGUGAGAAAAGCGGAAGAGAAGAAAACAGAUAAUAAAGGUUGCCUCGAGGGUGAAAAAAGAAAAAAAAAGAAGUUACUAGAAAGAAGACAAGUGAGUGAGGUAGAAAUCGAAGAAGCAACAAAAAAACUUCCACACCGUUUUGUGUCGCCUGCGCCGCGCGCUUACCAUCAAUCACCAAUCAAUUUGUAAUUUGCCUACCCACUGGCACAGAAGGGCAGAGUGAAGGAAGGAGGCAGCAUCGACCGUAGUGCUUCCGCCGAGGGUCACGAGCUUCUUGGAGCAAGUCUAAUGUAUCAGGCAGCAAUCAACAAUCUACAAAAAGAGCUCCCGUAACGGUUCCCGGUAAACUCCACGGUGUCACCCAGAGCUUAGCUUUACCCCUCCCUAUGAAGCCCACCCAGCAACGGCCAAACCCUGGCGCCUAGCGAACGCGACUACCUCUCCCGAUCGACGGCACCGGUAGCGGCAGAUCCGUUGGCCUGCGACGGACUCGGCGGAGCGGACGAUCUCGCCCGGCGUGCUAGGUUCGAACGUGAGCGCGGCUAAUAUGGCCACACCGCCAACCGAGGGAGAAAUCAGAGUGGGUCCCGGCCAUCAGGUAACCGCCGCCGAUAUCUAUGCUACUUUACCAGACUAUCAACCGAUCGAAAACUACCGCUCCGAGGACGAUGAGGAACGUGACCUAGAGGACCCGCGAUGGACGCCCGGCAUCUACAUUGACAACGACCUGUUGAUGUACCUGACCGCCGCCCGGUCGAUCUCCGCGUUCCAGGGCAUGUGCGAGGAGGAUGGUUGCAUGUCAGCUAGUCGCGACGAUACUACGAUAAAUGCAUUUGAUGUUUUACACGACUCCGGAUACGACGCCGGCAAAGCGCUAGAAGCACUGCUCAAGUGUCCGGUGACGAAGGGCAUCGACAAGAAGUGGACCGAGGAGGAAACGAAACGCUUCAUCAAGGGCUUACGUCAAUUUGGGAAGAACUUUUUUCGCAUUCACAAGGAUUUGCUACCGCACAGAACUACGCCCGAACUAGUGGAGUUUUACUAUCUGUGGAAGAAGACCCCGGGCGCGAACAACAACCGGCCGCACCGGCGACGGCGGGCCGGUUCGCUGCGGCGUCGCAACACGCGCACCAACAGUAAUGCUAGCAACAGCAACAGCACACCACCCAACAGCAACAAAAAGGAAGCCACACCAGAACCGUCGUCGGCCGUAACGGAAUCCUCGUCCCGGCCGUCACCCAUCUCGAAGGAGGAGAACAGCUCCGUCACCGAGGACGACAUCAGCGAGUGCGACAGCGACUCGAGCGCCACCAAGGCCAUCAAGGAAAGUGCCGCGGCAGCAGUAGCGGCGGCCGCAGCAGCAGCAGCUGUAGCAACGGCAGCUUCCAGCAGAGCAGGAGGAGGAGGAGGAGGAGAAACCGGCGAGGAUUCUCCGUCGAGAAUGAGAACUCGCCAGAAGCCGACUGCGAAAGAGCAGCAGCAACAGCAGCAGCAGCAGCAAGCCAACGCCAACAGCAAUAGCAACAGCGCCGUCACCACCGGAAACACCGGCAAGCGUCCCAAGCGGGGAGGCACCGAAACGCCCGAAACGACACCGGUGGACAGCCCGAAAACGCCCAGCAAAAAGGACGAAGCGGCGUCCGGCAAAGGACAGAAGGGUAAAAGCAAAGCGGAAACCCCAAUCAAGGGCAAGAAGCGGGCCAAUGAGUUGGAUCCGGACAGUAACGAUGACAAGGAUAGCCAGAAACGGAAACGCUCUGAUAGUCCCACGGAGAGCAUCACGACGGACAGCAGACCCGGCUCGGUGCUGGACGAAGCCGAAUCCAACAGCGAAGCGGCCACCGAAGUCAGCAUCAAUGUCAGCGCGGCAGCGGCAACCCCGACGGCACCUUCGACCAAAGAGGAGGAAAAGGAUCCGCUCUCGCUGGGACCGGCAGCCGAACCGAUGGCAACCGAAUCCCCCGAAUCGAGCAAUCCACCUACCUCGGUUACCAAAACCGACGACAAGGAAGACGAUGGAACCGUUGCGGCUGCUCCGGCUUCGGUUACCGCGGCGUUACCAACCGCAGCGGACACUGCCAAACUUCCAGAAACGGAAGACAUUACACCACCUCCGACCGCUUCGCCAACCCCGGUAACGGAAGAAAGCAUACCGCCGGCUGUUCCAACCACCACUCCAGAAGAAUGUUCGGACAAAUCCGAAGAGGCGCCUGCAGCGGCGGCGACGACAGCACCCGAGCAGCCUCCGGCGAUUGGACCGAUUCCGCCGACGCCAGGACAAGCCCCGAACGAACAGGAGAUGCUCUCUAAGCUCGCAAACAUGAAGCAGGAAAUCAACUUACAAGCUGGCGCUGGUUCUGCGCUGAACAACACCGAAUUCAACACGAAGGACGUGUUUAUCAAGAAAGAACCUGGCGAGGAACCUCCUGAAGGACCACCAGCCCCAGCAAUAAGCGAACAGCCACAGGACUUGAAGCUCAAGAUCGAGGUAAAGUCUGAGGCGAAACUCAUGCGUGAAACUGGAACUCCUGGCCACGAGCGUGACGGACCACCCGAGAGUAAGUACGACCCGGAGAACCUGGCUAUGAAGCCAGCUUACGAAAGUCAUAUCAAGUACGGACCGCCUGAAGAUGGGCUGAAGUACAACGACAUGAAGUACCCACCCAGCCAGCCUGGACAGGAGGGUGCGAUGAAGUACGGCCAAGAGGAACCACUCGAGUACGACAUGAAGCGAUUCAUGGAACCGGGUAAAUAUCCACCCCAAGACAGUGCGCUUUCGAUGAAGAUUGCUCCUCAAUCGGGACACCCGGGUGGUCCGCCAGACGGUCAAAUGCCCAAGGGAUAUCCGCAGGAUCUGACCGGGUUGAACAUGAAGUAUCCUCCGGCAGACGAGCGUCCCAAGUUUGCUCCGUCACCUGCUUCCGACAGCGGUAGUGCUCCACCGUCCGGCCUACCGCUAAUGCCAAAGAGUCACUACCCGGACCAGUUGAGUAUGCUCCGCCAGCAGUACGACCCGUCGGGUAUGAUGAAGUUCGAUCCAAUGGGUAAAUACCAAGGGCCACAUCCGCCAUUUGGACCACCCGGCAGUCAACCACCAUCCCAGCAGGGAGCUCACCCAAUGCACGGAGCUCCGCCUGGUUCGCAGCAGCAUCCUCAAGACUUGAAGUAUCUGCCGGAGGCGAUGUCAGGUAUGAAGGGUAGUUUUUCAGCAGACAACUUGAUGAAGAGUUCGACCUACUCGCCGCUCGCUGACCAAAACCCAUUGGAUGUUUCAGCGUCGUCACGGCUAGCGGUCACACCGAAUCAGGAUAGUCAAGGCAGCAACAGCAGUUCACAACCUCCGAUGCACAGCAGUAUCUCCUCGCCGGGAGGACCACCGCCAGGAAUGCCAGCCGGUUAUCCGGGUCAUCCGGGCAUUGUGAAUCCAGGCCUCAUGCCGGGCAACCAUCCAUCGAUGCUCGGUUCCAACUCUUCCCCAGCACCUCCAACGUCUCAGCCAAGUCAUCAACCUCCAUCGUCUUCGCAAUCCCAGUCCGGACCACCUGGACCUCCAUCGUCGUCCCACCCGUCGCAGCAGCAACCACCCUCAGCUGGUCAACCACCUCACAUGUUACCAAAUAGCAGUUUACCGUCGCACAUGUCCAGCAGUCCUUACCUGUCGUCAUCCCAUCGACCACCCGUAUCGUCGGAGAGUUCCAGCAGACACCAGCAGAGCACAGCGACAUCGACUGCCAUGUCCACACCAAUCUCUUCUGCCAGCUCGCACUCUCCUGCUCCGAUGCGUCCUUCCGAACCUCUUCACUCACGAGAUCUUCCCCCAACCCGGGCAUCUCCCAUCAACUCGUUGCUACAAGGAAUGCCACCCCACGGUAUGUUGUCCCAUCCGCUGCCACUGCAUCUUGGACACCCUGGAAUGCAACUGCCUCCUCAUCACCCUGCUCACCUCGCUGGUCCACUUGGUCACGCUGGGCUACUGCCACCUUCGCUGGGAGGACCUGGUGGUCCACUUCCCCUCAUCGGAGGACCGACGCCAUCUGCCCUGGGCAGUUUGAUGGAGGUUGCAGGAGCUGGACGAAGAUCGCCAUCGGUGUCCAGUGGAAAUCCCCAGGGUCACCAUCCACCAACAUCACUCCAUCAACCAAGUCCGUUGGCACAGUCUCCGUCAACUCCUACGGCUCCGUCCAGUUUGAGUCGGUCCAGUCCCAGCGUACAACAACCGGGUGGUCCCGGAUUCCCUCAGUCGCACCACCAUCGAUCCAGCUCACCUGCAACCUCGACCAGUUCCAGCUUAAGCAGGGCAAGUCCGAUGCAUCUAAGUCAUCAUUCGGCGGGAUCUUCCGCGGUAGCAGCUGCCGCAGCCUCGGCCGAACGUGAUCGUCAGAUGAUGCGACAACAAUCGCCUCACAUGACUCCUCCACCGCCGUCGUCAUCCGCCUCGCUAAUCUCGAGCCCACUGAGCAAAAUGUAUAGUCAAUCCGGUCAACGGUCACCACCGCCAAAUCAUCCGUUCCGGCCGGGAGCGUCCCCUCCGGUCAUGCGACACCCCCAGAUGCCACUGCCACUACCCAUGACUGGUCCGAUGGGCGGAAUGCCCGGUUCUGUGAUGCAUCACUCCCAGCCGUACCCGCUGGUUCAUCCCUCCCUGUACAAUCCUCACCACCACAAUCCGUUCUUCGCCCCGUAUCCGUACGGACCGGCGGCGUACGGUCCCGGUUUCUCGUACAUGAAACCGGCCGGAUCCCCGUUGGACAAUCCAAUGCUUCACGGGCAUCCCACAAGCAUUCCUCCACCGCGUCCAGAGGAUUCCCAAAUUCAUGGCAACGCCGGUGACAAGAGCAAAAACAACUCGAAACCACCACAAAACUCGUCCUCGUCGUCCUCCUCAAACUCGAAAGCACCGGGCUCGGGAGGACCCAACAGUAGCAGCAGUAGUAGCCAAAGUAACAGCGGUGGCCCACCCGGAGGUCCCUCCCCAAGUGGCGGAGGCCCGCCAGGCGGUCCCCACAGUGGGAGUCCGUUCUCCGGUGCUCCCCACCAUCCGUCACCGUAUCCCCCUGGACCGCACAAUCCCUUCAUCGAGAACCAGCUGCAGGUCAGUGGUAAAACCAGCCACAUGGACGCCCUGCGAGCACAUGCUCACGCAGCGGCCGGUGGCGUCGGCGUGUUGGGACCUCCUCCGGGCCAUCCUGGUCAUCAUCCGGGACAUGGACCUCCACCGGGACAUCACGGCGGUCCGCCGGGCCACCAUCCGCAUCCGAACGAACCGGUGCACAUCGAAACGCUGGACAUCGAUCCGGAUCCGGAACCACCCUCGCCAGUGCACGACAUGAACCGCGGACCUAGUCCCGAGGCCAAACCCGAUGAUACCGAGUGCCAUCGAUCGCAAUCGGCGAUAUUCGUUCGUCGUUGCGACCGCGGUGACUACAACUCCUGCUGCCGUACGGAUCUCGAGUUCAAGCCGACGCCAGAUUCAAAACUGGCGCGCAAACGAGAGGAGCGUGACCGCAAGCUCGCAGAGAAGGAACGCGAACGGAAGGCCCAACAGCAGCAGCAGCAACAGCAACAACAACAGCAGCAACAGCAGGCCCAAGCUCAGCAGCAACACCAGCAACAGCAACAGGCCGCUGCGGUUGCCGCCGCACAAGCAGCCCAACAGCACGGAAAGCCCGGAGGUCCCGGUGGUCCCGGUGGCCAUCCGGGUGGACAUCCUUCGCAGCAGCAACCUCCCCACAAGCCGGACAUUAAACCGUACCCGGAUACGCCCGCGCUACGACAACUCUCGGAGUACGCGAGGCCACACGUUGGCUUCAGUCCCGUGGAAACGAUGGUACCACCACCAUAUCAUCCACUUUAUAACCGAGAAAGGGAGUUUGACGACCUCAAAAACCAGCCGGGCGUCGUGGGUCCGUCGCGGAUGGAACCGCACUGGAUGGAGUACUACCGGAUGAGAGGGAUGCACCCGUCGCAGUUUCCGGCACUGUACGGCAAUCCGGCCGCCCUGGCACAGCUCGAGCGAGAACGACUAGGCUUGCCGCCACUUCCCGUUGGGCUAGAUCCGGCCGACCCAAUGUUGCGCUUGGCAGGUGAAUAUCACGCUCACUCCCAUACGCACCUGCAUUUGCACUCGCAACAGCAACAGCAGCAAAGCGUGACGAUGGCGGCGGCGGCCGCCGCGGCCGGUUUCCCACUAUCACCCAACGUUCCCCCGUAUCCGAGGCCAAACAUGCUGAUGCCGCGCGAUCCCCACUCGGAGGUGCUGCUGCGAAUGUCCUACGAUCCCCUGCAGGCCGCCGAGUUUCAACGACAAAGUGCAUUAGACCGUGCCCACUCGCUGCAUGAGCAGUAUCUUAGACAACACGAGAGAGAAAUGAAAGUGAGAGCACUGGAAGAAGCGGCACGUGGCGGUAAACAUUGAGAAUAGUGUUCCCCACCCUCUCUACACCCUCCCCCUUAAAACAGUCACACACACACUCACACCAAUGAAGUCAAAAGAGAGAGAGAAAGAUAUCAGAUGUUGUGCGCCGCACUACAGUGGUAGUGCGGGGUGACUUUGUACAUAUUGUGGAUAUUUGACUGAUCGUCAAGCAAGAGCGAGUACAGGACACGGGGUAAGCGGCGUGUGGCAAGUGGUCUAGCGCAACAGGGACAACCUCCUUCUUAGGGUAACGAUACCGAUGGUAGGAUAGAGUAGCCGUAGCCGAGAUCUCCAUUAGCGCAGGGGUGUUUACAGUACAGUGUGGCAGAACUUGUCCGGAUUGUUCUCUUUUCGGUGGUGAAAAGUAGCUUUCUUCUUUUGGGAUUCGUCUUUUUUUUGUUUUCGAAAAUUUAUUCAUCAAAUAAGGAACGAGGUUUAACAUAAAAUUCAUGUUUAUGUCAAUAUCCAGAACAAUCUCGCUCUCCAACAAAAAUUCGGACAGAAGAAAGAAUAAAAAAGCGAGAGAGUGAAGUAUGAUAGUUUGAUAGUUUGAUGCUCUCAGAAAAGAGAACAGCUUAUUGUUCUCUUGGCACAAAUGGUAAUUGAGAAUCUGAUUCUCUCGAUCCAUUUUUUUUUUAUAUUCUUUUAAAGUGUUGACUUUUUGGAAUGAUUUUGUACAAAUUACAUUCUCGCUAAACUUUCCACUAGAAGAAGGCCUACUUCGAUCGAAGAGAGAACAUAAAAAUUACACAAACCAUUUCAAACAAAGAAAAAGUAAACAAAACAAAAAUCAUUUAUAUGACUGUAUAAAAAAAACACAAGUGUUAGAUAGUAAGUGGAGUCGUACAUAUACAUAUAUAUUUUAUAUUUAUGAAACUGAACAAACACAAAUCGACAGUCUUUCUCGAGAUAUUUUCUGGCGUUUUCUGUUUGAUUGUUUCCACGUGGAACAAUCACAGGUUUUUGCCCGGCUGUCCCUAUCGGGACCGUUCAAUGGAAAUGACAGAAAAAUCUACAAAAACAAAAAAUCUAAUCAAAUCUAAAACAUUACGGUCCACCCCAUAUUUAAGGCACAUACAAUUUUCAAAAUCUUCUCAGUGUCUAUUAUUCGUAUGUCGAAGCAUAGGAGUUGAGAGUAAAAAUUUGUGUAACAUAGUAAAAAAUUUGUACUGUUUUAUGUCUAUUGCUUCAGUUUUUUUUGUUACGCCCACAAAGGUCAGACCCAAGUAUUCAAACAUCCAACGACUAAUCGAUUGCAUUUUAUUUCCUUCCAAAUGCUGCGAAAUUAGACUUCUUUUCUGUGUAGUUUUUAGCGUCGCGCAGCUUCUCUAGUGAGAAACUAUUUUUUAUUAGGUUCAUUUGUCCUAACUUACCUACGCAAACAAAACAAAAUCACACACAUACUUAGGGUACAAUUUACCAAGCGCUGCGCUGCUCUGUAUAGAGAUAGAGAGUAAAAAACUUAAAACGUUGCCUGAACUCUGUUGGUUUGAGUUCACAAACACACAUUAUGGUCAUUUUUCUGAUAUGCAUUAAACACAAAAAUAUCUAUAUAUUUACAAGAGUGCGACAACAACAAAAAAGUGGCAGGAAAGCUUUCUCGGACAAAGCCAACAACAUGAAAGGUUAAGUAGGAAAUUAACACACAGACUCGGAUGCAACAUGUAAACAGUAAGAAAGAAAACAAGUGUACAACAUCAGGUGAUAAGUACCACAACCACACACACACACACACUUACAGAAACUCACACUCACUCAGAUUUGUUGAAAAUAUCGUUUGGCGCAACAUUGGCCAAGUUAGGGCAAGGAGACGACACAACAGUAUAUAAGUAACAGUGAAAUGGUUUAUUGAUAUUGGAUAAGUAUCUAAUGAAACAAAUGAAGGAGAAGAAGAAGAAAAAACUUAGUGAAUAGAGGACAGAAUGCAGAAUCAUUGAUCUUAUAUUAAUACAAACAAAAACAUAUUUAAUUAUGUAAUAGUAAUUAUAUUGAGUAAACAUAUGAUAAUGGAAAAAAACACACAAUUUGAAUGAGUAUAUAAAAAUAGUGAUGAUAAAUAUACGAGUAAACAAAAUAUUGAAACGA